AUGGCGGGGUUUCCGGGGCAGGGCUACCCUGGCGCGGGCCAGGCCGGGCCCUACUCCGGAGGCCCCUACGGCGGCGGCGCAGCCCCCGGGCAGCCCUACGGAGCGCCCCCGGCGGGACCCUACGGAGGAGCCGCUCCUGGAGGCGGCGCUCCGCAGGGCGUGGAUCCCGAGGCCUUCGCCUGGUUCCAGGCGGUGGACGCUGACCGCAGCGGUUACAUCUCGGUGAAGGAGCUGAAACAGGCGCUGCUCAACUCCAACUGGUCGGCGUUCAACGACGAGACCUGCCUGCUGAUGAUCAACAUGUUUGAUAGGAGCAGGUCAGGACGCAUGGAUGUGUACGGCUUCUCAGCCCUGCUGCGCUUCAUCCAGCAGUGGAAGAACCUCUUCCAGCAGUACGACAGGGACCAGUCGGGCUCCAUCAGCUUCAGUGAGCUCCAGCAAGCAUUCUCCCAGAUGGGCUACAACCUGAGCCCCCAGUUCAGCCAGCUGCUGCUGUCCCGUUACGCCCAGAGGUCCUCCAACCCCACCAUCCAGCUCGACCGCUUCAUUCACAUCUGCAUGCAGCUGCAGAGCCUAACAGAGGCCUUCCGUGAGAAGGACACGGGGAUGGCAGGCAACGUGCGGCUGGGCUACGAGGACUUCCUCACCAUGGUCAUGACUCGCAUGUUGUGAGGCCCGAGGCCAAGGGGGGUGGUGGCCGUCCUGCCCCUCGCUGUGCCCCCCGUGCUGCAGGAAGGAGCACAGGGCCCCAAGCCCUGCUGGCGGCUCCCUGCCUCCCAUUCCUCAUCCCUGCUGGAUGGCGGCGGGUGCCCUCUGUGCUGCAGGGCUGUGCCACAGUGUGUGACAACCAAACUGGGGCUGUCUGUGCCAUGCUGAGAUUCUGGGCCCAUGCCUCUGGGAGCGCCUGGAUCUUCUGCCAGCCUCAGAAUCAUAGCAAAAACCCGGGGCUUGCCUCGUGCUGUUGGCAGGCAGGAUUGGGUCCCCCAUUGCCAAUAUCUGUACUGAUUUCUUUCUGCCUGUGGAAGCCAAGCUUGGAAACGGUUUACAGCUAAUUUUUGUAGCUCUAAUAAAAGACCCCUGGCACCAUUUCCUGGCUGGUCUGUGGGGCUGCACGGCUCAGGGGAAUAAAUGCUGUCGUAAAUCUGAGAUACAGCACAAAGUGCAAAUCAUCACUGAAAAUGUUUGGGUUUUUUUUCUCCCCUGUGCCUCCAAAAUGACGUUUGUGUAGUUAUUCUUUUAAUUGGCCUUUAAUUGUGCACUGAACGUUUUGUGACGGCUGCGUUUCUUUCUGUGGGGACAGAGGAUUUUGUAUGAAAGGGUUAAAACAUUAUCUGGUGCUUUUAGGAGAAAUAACAGAACUUAUUUUUCUCAACUUUGGCCCCAGGUGGGACUUUUCUGAGCGCCAGUAACCGUUCCCAAAAUAUUUGGAGUUGUAUUCUGGUGAGUAAAGCCGUUCCUGCUCUAUUUUUGGAGCUGAUUUUUGUGCCUUUCCAGACAAGGCUGCGGCUCGGGCCAGCUGGCAGCAGGCGCACAGCAGGGUGUGUGAGUGUGAGCGUGCGCCCCUGCCGUCCCCGCACAUCGAUGUAUCCGCAUAUAUGUGUAAAUAUCGCUGUGUGCGUCGCGCCGAUGUUUACAUGGAGCUCUGUGUGUUACGGGCGGCGCUGCAGGCGUUGGGUGCAGGGCGGGCUGCAGCCACCAGGUGGCGCCGCACUCCGUGUUGGGGCCCCAGCCAGCGCUCGGAGACACGAGGAGGAAAAGGAAAACGGUGAAACAGAGAAAAUGCGGAUGGAAAGCGAUUCAGCCGAGGAGCCAAAGCGACGCUGAGGGCCUGCUGUGAUCCCCGGGAGCUCAGGGCGAGGUGAACUGCAUGGGUGCCACGAUUGGGUGCUGAGCAGGAGGGGUGCAGCAUCCCAGCGCCCCCCUGAGCUGGGCAGGGGGAAAGGUGAGAGUGGAGGUGUGGAUAUGAGCUGGGUGCGGGCGCAGGUAGGG